GCCCGGCGCAGCGCAGUCGGCUCGAGUGCUCCCGGUGAGGAGGAGGUGUCCUCGGCUGUGCCGCCCUCCGCCGCCGUCGCCGGGCUGCGCCGCUAGAGCCGGGACGCGCCUCCGCGCUCCUCGCCGCCUGCACCCCCGCGGCCUCCGCUCCCCUCGCCGUCCGCACACCCACCAUGACGAAGAAUGAGAAGAAGUCCUUCAACCAGAGCCUGGCCGAGUGGAAGCUCUUCAUCUACAACCCGACCACCGGAGAGUUCCUGGGGCGCACCGCCAAGAGCUGGGGUUUGAUCUUGCUCUUCUACCUAGUUUUUUAUGGGUUCUUGGCUGCACUCUUCUCAUUCACAAUGUGGGUUAUGCUUCAGACUCUGAACGAUGAGGUUCCAAAAUAUCGUGACCAGAUUCCUAGUCCAGGACUUAUGGUUUUCCCAAAACCAGUGACUGCGUUGGAAUAUACAUUUAGUGUAUCAGAUCCAAGUUCCUAUGAAGGGUACGUUAAAGACCUUAAGAAGUUUCUAAAAUCAUAUUCUGGAGAAGAACAGAGUAAUCUCAAAGACUGUCCUGAUGGAGUUCCUUUUGAACAGAAGGGUCCAGUUUAUACUGCAUGUCAGUUUCCUCUUGCCUUACUCCAAGAAUGCAGUGGUAUAGGUGAUCCUGAUUUUGGCUAUUCCAAAGGAAAACCUUGUAUUCUUGUAAAAAUGAACAGAAUAAUUGGAUUAAAACCUGAAGGAGAUCCAAGGAUAGAAUGUGUUCCAAAGGAUGGAAGCACAGCAAUUGUAGAAACAUAUCCUAAUCUUGGAGUUAUAGACUUAAAGUAUUUUCCAUAUUAUGGGAAAAAACUGCAUGUGGGAUAUCUGCAGCCAUUAGUUGCUGUCCAGGUCAUCUUUGGAUCUAAUAGUACCAGGAAUGAAGUAACAGUUGAGUGCAAAAUUGAUGGAUCACCCAACCUAAAAAACCAGAAUGAUCGUGACAAGUUUUUGGGACGAGUUGUGUUCAAAAUUAUAGCACGUGCAUAGUAUGUGUAGGAUGUCUCCACAGAAUAAAUGUUGUGUUGUCUGUCUUCAUUUUGCAUCAGCUGGACCUGCCAUUCUAGAAUUGAGAGACCACCUUGGAGAAGGUGUGUGGUACAUGACACUGGGGUGACAUCAUAACGUGCUUCCAGAUCAUAGUGUUCAGUGUCCUCUGAAGUAACUGCCUGUUGCCUCUGCUGCCCUUUGAACCAGUUCAUUCGCCUGAUAGGGACCAGUGAACACCUGAUUCUGAACACGUAGGAUGGGGUCUUGCCCUCUUUUUAUGUGGUUUAAUUGCCAAGUGUCUAAAGCUUAAUGUGCUGUGCUAUGUAAAUAUUUUAUGGAUUUAACACUGGUUAACUGUUAUAUUUUGAUGCCAACAAAAUUUUAGGGAUAAAAUGGUACCUGGCCAACAUCAAGUGACUUUAUAGCUACAAGCAGUGUGUGUGGAGAAGUUCUGUAUGUGAGGAGGAAAAAAAGAAAAUAAAAGUGGAUCUAAAAGUGUUAUCUUGGA